AAACCUGGAACCUGCAACAUCGAUCCUGAACUGAACCAGCUGCACACACACCUCCCCGCCGCCGCCCGGUCAAUAAUCCAAAUUCGAUCUCCGCUUUCUAUCCCGUCCCCGUCUCCCUGGGUUCCGGAUCUGCCCUGGGCCACCAGUCCAGUCGAGUCGCUUUGGGCUGCUCGAUAACCUUGGGCGGAGACGAUCCCCAUCACCUCGUCGAUACUUCAGAUCACAUUCCCGGCGGAUAACAUCCUGGGUUCGGGUUACUAGUGUUGGAACGCAACAAAAGGUCAUGGCGACACAUUGGCCACCCCGGUCCCCUCACGAAGCUCUCAUCAGUACCCCGCGAGGCCGCCAGCGCUUUCGUGAAAUGCAAACGUCGCCCACCCCGUCGCCAUCCAGACUCAGAAUGUCCCGAUCGAACCCCGCCCUAGCGGCGCGCUACACCGACAAUGAGGACGCCGUUAUGAUCGACGUGGACGACCUGGAGGAUGAAGAUGAGGACGAGGAGAUGGUACAGCUGAAGCUGCAAGAAAUUCAGGCGCGCAUGAAGUUGAAAAAGAUACAAAAUGCAAAGGCGCUAAAAAGGGCAAACUCAUCCAUGGACGCACGAUCGAAUGGAGGCCGGCCAGAAAGCGCUUCGGCGAACAACUCGAAGAACUCGAUGCAACCCCCAGCCGGACUUCCCAUUCAGUCAAGGUUAGCUGCGGCAAGAGAUAGGAUGGAACAACAGUCGAAUCCCGUCCAGGUUCCCGCUUCUCCGAUCAGGAGGGGACGUAGUGAAUCCGCUCCUCAGCCUCCUCAGUCACCCCAGAGGGUCAUGUUGGGAAUCGACAAGGGACGAAAAGCGGCCGACAUGUCACUCAAAAGGGCGCCCUCGUUACGAAAGGUCGAAAGCGAACGUCCUUCUUCCCAGAAUCUACAGUCCCAGCAGUCCGGCUACUUGCGACGGUCCAUGACGACAUCCUUUAGCGAAGAUCAACCCAGUUCCCGUCGUCCUGUAAGCUUCGACGGGCGGGCAAACUCCUUCUCCCAAGCAGAAGAAAGACGUCCCAUGAGUUUCAACGAGCGGCUAGCAUCUGCCAGGAACGAAGAGCAGGAGCGCAGGGAAAGAGCACAGAGGAUACAGAAGAUCAGGAGUAAUGCCUUCAGUAUUGGCAGGGAAGAGAUGGAGGAGUACAAGACCAAAGCGGUGGACGUUCCCGAAGUUCCAUACAAGGCUCCGGAAUAUUCCCGGGACGAGAUUCUAUCGGCAACAGGAGGAUCUUCAUCGACUGCAGGAGCUCGUGGCCGACCGGCCAUGAGCGCAUCAUCGUCGUUUACGCAACCAAGCUCGACACAAGUCAACUCCGAUAAUGAGCCUGGCUUCGAACCAUAUUCAGGUCUUCGCCUGUCCAAGCGCAUUCUCCCCCAUAAUGUGGUCACCCGCGCUAUCACAGGCAAGAAGACGUAUGGUCUGAAGGAUCUUUUGAGGCAAGUCAAGGCGCCCGACUGGUCCCUCCCUGAUGUCGAAUCCGAUGUUGUCGUCUUCGCCAUUGUCGCAACCAAGUCCGAACCGCGCAGUCAUCGUAGUGACGGCAAGCCCCUGCAAGAGCGCGGCAAGUACAUGGUCAUCAGCCUCUGUGAUCUUCAGUAUGAAGUGGAACUGUUUCUCUUUAACUCCGGAUUCGACCGCUUUUGGAAGCUCACACCGGGAACUAUUCUCGCCAUCCUCAAUCCGACCAUCAUGGCGCCAAAACAGGGGCAGCAAGACACCGGCCGGUUCUCGUUGGUAAUCAACAGCGAUGAGGAUACCAUCUUGGAGAUUGGUAAUGCGCGCGAUCUGGGCUACUGUAAGAGUGUCAAGAAGGAUGGUAUGCUUUGCAAGAGUUGGGUAAACCUCCGACGUACCGAGUACUGCGAUUUCCAUACCAACGAAGCAGUGAACAAGUCGAGACAGGGGAGGCUUGAAUUGAAUAACUCUUUCGGUUUUGGAGAGAAAUACAAGCAAAACUCUAGGUACGCCAAGAGUGAAGAUGCUAGGAGAAAGGAGGAGGAAAUACGACUGAGGGGUCAAUACGACCGAUCAACCGGUAGUCACUUCUUCAUGAACCGUACUGCCGCAGAGCUCAUUGAUGGCGGUGGCAUGGCUGAUCAGGCCGAGAAGAAGGAAGCCAUCAAGAGAAGCUUGGCGAGGAAGGAGAAGGAAGCUGAGAUUGCAAGAAAGCUGGCCGAAGUGGGUGGUGGUGCUGGGAGAGAGUACAUGAGUCGAGCCGCUGGUGGUCUUCGCGCAAGCUUCUCCUCCACCACCUCAGUACCCAUGUCAGGUUCUGCUUCCUUCUCGUCAGCCACCGUCUCAACACCGAUGUCGUCACUGUCCGGCCACAGCCAAAGCAACAGCAUAAAUGACCCCCUAGGCUUUGGCGGCAGACCCCGAUACGACCUCCAAGCCCUCGGCCUACUCCGCAAAAAGGGCGAAGAACAGCCCAAGAUCGACCUCGGCCCAAUAAAGCGCAAGCGCCCCGAGUCCGCCCUCUCAAGCGAAAACAGCUUCAGCAAAUCCAACUCCACCAGCAGCGCAACCAUCACCCCCUCCAACUACACCAGCAACACGAAAGCCCCCUCCCUAGGCUGGGGCUCCGGCCUCCGCGACAAGCUCUCUCGGAUGAAAGAAGGCGAAAAGCUCAACCUCUCCCACCGCGCCAGCACCUCCAGCAUGCGCGAUUCCACUCCGGCCCUAACCAAAUCCUCCACCACCACAACCUCAACCGGCCUCACCCCCGCCAUCAACCGUCUCUCCACCUCCUCCAGAGACUUCAACUUCACCAACUCCUCCAACGCCCCAACAAUGACCCAGGGCCACAGCAACCUCCCCAACCGCCCCUCCCCCGCCGUCCGCUUCUCCGCUGCCCCUAAUAACUCCUCCGGCACUACAACCACCGGUCCCACCACUUCCCACACCUCCUCUUUAUCCUCCUCUCGUCUCCUCGGCGCCUCAGCGUCCGCACGUCUAGCAGCCGCUAGAGCAGCCGCCGCCGCACAAGCCGCUGCUGCUGCUGACGGGCACUCGCAAGGUGCCCAACCGCCGGUGAGGAAGAAGACGAGGUUCGUGACGGAUAAGGGUAUUAGAGAGGCGGGCAGGGAUAGUUUGGGGGAAAAGGGGUUCUUGUUGAGUGCGGCGCAGAAGAGUAGACGACAGGUGGUGUUGAGUGAGGAUGAUGAUGAUGAUUUGAUUGUUUUGAAGUAAGGAGUCGAAAAGCUCAAGGGGUAUGUAUACAUAUGGAUGGGCAAAGAUGGUUGUUAGUGGGGUAUACGUGGAUGUUGUAAUGCAUUGGCAUGGUG